CCAGCUCCCCCACCGGCCGGACGCGCGAUGACCUGCCGGCCGUGAGGAUCCCGUCCGCCUGACCCGGCGCGGCUCGACCCCGUCCUGCCGCGCCAUGUUCGCGCGGGGCUCCCGGAGGCGUCGCUCUGGGCGCACGCCUCCAGAAGCUGAGGACCCAGACCGGGGCCAACCCUGCAACUCCUGUCGAGAUCAAUGCCCUGGCUUCCUGCUUCACGGCUGGAGAAAGAUCUGCCAGCACUGCAAAUGCCCGAGGGAGGAACAUGCCGUGAGGACAGUGCCUGUGGACCUCGAACGCAUCAUGUGUCGUCUCAUCUCGGACUUCCAGCGCCACUCCAUCUCUGAUGAUGACUCAGGCUGUGCGUCUGAGGAGUAUGCCUGGGUGCCUCCAGGUCUCAAGCCUGAGCAGGUCUACCAGUUUUUCAGCUGCCUUCCUGAGGACAAGGUCCCCUAUGUCAACAGUCCUGGGGAGAAAUACAGGAUCAAGCAGCUGCUGCACCAGCUGCCCCCGCAUGACAGUGAGGCACAGUACUGCACUGCACUGGAAGAGGAGGAGAAGAAAGAGCUUCGGUCCUUUAGCCAGCAGCGGAAGCGGGAGAAUUUGGGGCGAGGCACGGUGCGCAUCUUCCCGGUGACCAUCACUGGGGCCAUCUGUGAGGAGUGUGGAAAGCAGAUUGGAGGUGGAGACAUUGCAGUCUUUGCCAGCCGCGCAGGCCUAGGAGCCUGCUGGCACCCGCAGUGCUUUGUGUGUUCCACAUGCCAGGAGCUGCUGGUGGACCUUAUCUACUUCUACCAUGCCGGCAAGGUCUACUGUGGGCGCCACCAUGCUGAACGCCUGCGGCCCCGCUGCCAAGCCUGCGAUGAGAUCAUCUUCUCCCCCGAGUGCACAGAGGCUGAGGGCCGGCACUGGCACAUGGGCCACUUCUGCUGCUUCGAGUGUGAGGCGUCGCUUGGUGGGCAGCGCUACGUUAUGCGGCAGAGCCGGCCACACUGCUGUGCCUGCUACGAGGCCCGCCACGCGGAGUACUGUGAUGGCUGCGGGGAGCACAUCGGUCUGGAUCAGGGCCAGAUGGCUUAUGAAGGCCAACACUGGCACGCCUCAGACCGCUGCUUCUGCUGUAGUCGCUGCAGGCGAGCCCUCCUGGGUCGCCCUUUCCUGCCACGCCGUGGGCUGAUCUUCUGCUCCCGUGCCUGCAGUAUGGGGUUCGAUCCCCCAGUUCCCGGGACCGGGCGCCGCAGCUGGAGCGCAAGCACGGUUUCCGCACCACUCGCAGCCUCCACAGCCCCUUUCUCCGCCGUGGAGGGGGCAUCAGAGACGGCCACCAAAGGCACCAGUACCAACCCAGCCCCCGAUGCAGGACCCGAGGAACCCACCCGCUUUCUUCGAGGGGCUCCUCACCGCCACUCCAUGCCCGAGCUGGGGCUCCGCAGUGCCCCUGAGCCACCGCCGGGGUCCCCCAGCCAGGUGGAUCCGUGCCCAGAAGAUGGUGCUUUUGGUCGCCAGAGCACCCCGCGGGUCAGCUUCCGUGAUCCUCUGGUGUCUGAGGGAGGCCCACGGCGGACGCUGAGUGCUCCCCCAUCCCAGCGCAGGAGGCCACGAAGUCCCCCACCCGGGGUCCCCAGCCGACAUCGCCGUGGACGCCACUGCCACCACCGUCACCGCCGCCACUCUGGCCGGCAUCGCCCCCAUGCACGUAAAUUAGGAUCGGGGUCAGACUCAGGAUCUUGUUCCAGUUCGCCCUCCAAUCCCAGUUCUGAGUCCUCCGAAGAUGAUGGCUUCUUCCUCGGGGAACGCAUCCCUCUGCCCCCACACCUGUGUAGGCCCUUGUCUGCUCAGGGAACUGCACCCGAGACCCCCAAUUCUCCAUCUCCACAGCUCCCUCAGGACUUGCGCCCAGGGGUGCCUCGCCAGGCUAGAGACAAGAACUGCAUCUUGGCAUGAAGGCCAGGCAGUACUGAGGGUCUCUGACUCAAUGUCGGCAAUGAUUCCUUCUCAGCCUAAGUCAGAACCUCCCUUCCCCCCAUGCUGUGUUUGUAUUACCAGAGAAAUUUCGUGUUUCAGGCAA